CUAUCUAGGUUGUUCUACGUCAAAUCUGGGAGGUUUCUGUGGAGACAGUUUCAGUUUUUCGUGAAGGGUUUGUGGAUUUUGGUUGCGAUGCCUGUGGUCAAGGAGCCGUGUAAACAGCAGGCAUGCGAUAUUCAAUCGUGCUUAACAAAAAACGCCUUCAAUCCUGAAAGGUGCCUUCAAGCAAUUUUGAAUCUGCAGAAAUGCUGUGAUGCCUGUGACAACAAGUCGACGCACUGUGCCUCAGUGAAACCGCUGUUGCAACAGAUCACCAAGAAGGCGAAAGUUUCAUAGGUCGAAAGUUUAGAGGUUUUACUGCGAAAGACAAUUCGUCGUGUCCUAUUCUAUCAUGUCAUAUGUUUAUGACUCCAGAUUUGAAUGCAUUGGAGUAAUGUUCACACAAUGUAACGAGACCUUCAUGUUAUAAUACUGCACAAUGUCAAUAUGGUGGUUUCUGCA